UAGCAAGUCUAGUUGGUCAUAGAAUUCGAAAAUGGCAAACCGCACGGUGAAAGAUGCUAAAUCCAUUCGCGGAACAAAUCCACAAUAUUUGAUUGAGAAGAUUAUCAGAUCUCGGAUAUACGAUUCUAAGUACUGGAAAGAGGAAUGUUUUGCUUUAACUGCCGAAUUGUUGGUCGACAAAGCAAUGGAGUUGAGAUUUCUAGGAGGAGUGUACGGUGGUAAUGUGAAGCCAACCCCAUUCCUAUGCCUCAUAUUGAAAAUGCUCCAAAUACAACCUGAGAAGGAUAUCAUAGUUGAAUUUAUAAAGAACGAAGAGUUUAAAUAUGUUCGGGCUUUGGGUGCACUGUACAUGAGACUGACUGGUUCUUCCCUAGACUGUUACAAAUAUCUGGAACCAUUAUUCAAUGACAACAGAAAGCUCAGAAUUCAGAAUAAACAGGGUGUAUUCGAGCUCGUACACAUGGACGAAUUCAUUGACAUUCUUCUUAGGGAUGAAAGGUGUUGUGAUGUUAUUUUACCGAGAAUUCAAAAGAGACAUGUUUUAGAAGAAAAUAAUGAGUUAGAAGCGAAGAUAUCAGCAUUGGAAGAUGAUAUGGAUGAUGGUAUUGAAUCAUCAGAGGAAGAAGAAAUUCCACCAAUUAAGGAAUUACCACGCAAGAGACCUGACGAUCACGAACGGGACAGAGAUCGUCACAGAGAUAGGGAUAAGAGGCACUCUCGAACCGAGAAGAAAUCCGACAAGGAAAAGCAAAGAUCUAGAAGCAGGGAAAGGGACAGGGAUAGAGACAGGAGAGAACGUAAACGCAGCAAAUCGCCAAAAUCUCAUUCAUCGGCGCACAAAGAUAAGGACAGGGACAGAGAUCGUCAUAGAAGAGAUGAUAGAGAGCGGGAGAGAGAACGAGAACGAGAAAGGGAUCGUGAUCGUAGAAGGGAACGCGACAGAACUAGACAUUAAGAUUAAGAAGUAUGGUGAUAUGGACAAUCUUUUUGUCAAAUUUUCUAUGAGAGAAAUGAAUUGGUAAGCUUU